AGCUGUUCUGAUAAAAAUGAAAAAUAAAAAAUAAAGAAAAAAUUGUGAAACAAAGAAAAAGUUUGUUGAAAGAAAGGACAGGAAGGAAAAGGUAAAAGAUAGUUGCAGAAAUUAGAGAGAGAAAGAGAGACAGAGAGGAGUAUAGAGAAGAGACUUUUUGGGUCUACAAUUUCAUUGCCGAAUUUCACUGUUUUUGCACAGAUCUGUUGUUAGUGUAAGUUGUACGCGUUUUCUGAUUUAUUUUUAAUCUAUUAUGGGUUAUUCUUGAAAACUCGCCAGAAUUACUACUAAGCUGUCCAAAUCGGUCAAUUCUGUUGAAGAAGUUCAUUUCUACGAAUAUUUGUGAGAUAAAAGGCAUCGAAGUUGGGUUUUUGAAGAUGAAAUUAUGUAAUCCAUAAGAUUCGUGUUUUUAUUUUUUCCUUUGUUGGGGUUAUUUAAGUUUGUGUUUUGGAGAGAUGGAAGAGGUAGGUGCACAAGUAGCUUCACCAAUACUCAUCCAGCAAUCACUCGCUGGAAGGUUUUGCGACGCGCGCCCAAUGGCCAAGAAACGCAAUCUGCCUUUUCAGUCGGCAAGUUUUCCGCAUCAGAUUCCUUUGGAUAACUGGAAUCCUACGUCUUGGGAUUGGGAUAGUGCCAGGUUUGUUGCUAGACCUUCGCAAUCUGAUGUAGUCCGGGGCGGAAGUGCUACUCCGGCUCCAUUGAAGGUGUCAACUCAUAAAGGUGUACAAAAUAACACAGCUGAUCCUAAGAAUGCUGUCCCCGUUGAAGAUGGAAAUGAUAAUGAAAAUCUUAGAUUGAAGCUUGGAGCUGACGGAGAUGGAGAUGGAAGAAAUGGUGUCUUGACUUUGGUAGAGGAGCCACAACUGGUGUCGAGGCCUAAUAAAAGAGUCAGAUCUGGAUCGCCUUCUGGUGCUAGCUAUCCUAUGUGUCAAGUGGAUAAUUGUAAGGAAGAUCUAUCUAUGGCCAAGGACUAUCACCGCCGGCAUAAGGUGUGUGAGGUUCAUAGCAAAGCCAGCAAAGCCUUGGUUGGGAAACAGAUGCAAAGAUUCUGCCAGCAGUGCAGCAGGUUCCACCCCCUUUCGGAAUUUGAUGAGGGAAAGAGAAGCUGUAGGCGUAGACUCGCUGGGCACAACAGGAGGAGGAGAAAAACUCAACCAGAUGAUGCUACUUCACGGUUGUUAGUUCCUGAAAACCAUGACCAGAGUGGAAACUCUGAUCUGGAUAUUGUCAAUUUGUUGGCAGUUCUAGCUCGUGCACAAGGGAAUACCGAGGACAGGAGCAGCAAAAUCUCAUAUGUACCUGAUAAAGAUCAGCUCAUACAAUUACUUAGUAAAAUAAACUCUCUGCCCUUGCCUUCAAACUUAGCAGCCCAAUUGCCUGUUAUGGGAGGUUUGGACGGAAGGAUUCCGAACCUUAUAUCCUCUGGAAAUAUGAAUCGAUUGAAUGGGAAUGUUUCUUUGCCAUCAACGAAGGACUUGUUGGCUGUUCUUUCAGAAAAUCCAGCAGCAGCACCCUCUUCUGAUGUAAUUGAAAUUCAAUCUCAACCAAGCAGCGAUGGAAGCGACUCUGAGAAAAGUAAGUCAGCGUUUGUUGAACAAGCUACAUCUCUCCAUUUGCAAAAAAGACCUACUUUGGCGUUUCCCUCAGUUGGAGGAGAGAGAAGUAGUACAAGUUACCAUUCUCCUGUGGCUGAUUCAGAUUGCUAUGUUCAAGAGACAUGUCCAAAUUUGAAGUUACAACUCUAUAAUUCUUCACCUGAAGAUGAUAGCUUAAGAAAAUUACCAUCUGGUAGAAACUAUUUCUCAUCUGACAGUAGCAAUCCUUCACAAGAGAGGUCUCCUUCAUCUUCACCACCCGUUGUACAUGACCUGUUCCCAAUGCAUACUUCAAGAGAACCUAUGAAGCCUGAUAGCGUGUCUAAUAGUGAAGUCAAUACCAUGUAUGCAAAAGCAACUACAGUCAACCAGUGCAAUACUUCUCUUCAACUUUUUGGAGCCUCGAAAAGAGCUGCCGAAAACGGCUCAAUUCAGAGUUUUCCUCACCAAGCAGGGUAUACAUCUUCUUCUGGGUCUGAUCAUUCACCAUCAAGUUUGAAUUCUGGUGCUCAGGAUCGUAAUGGCCGAAUUGUUUUUAAACUAUUUGACAAGGAUCCCAGUCAUUUGCCUGGGUCGUUGAGAGCGCAGAUAUACAAUUGGCUUUCUAACAGUCCUUCAGAAAUGGAAAGCUAUAUUAGGCCUGGUUGCAUUGUUCUAUCUGUGUAUUUAUCAAUGUCCUCCUACGCCUGGGAUCGACUUGAAGGAAAGCUCCUUGAUUAUGUGAAGUCUUUGGUCAAUGAUAUUAACACCGACUUCUGGAGAAAUGGAAGAUUUUUGGUUCACACAGAUGAACAAAUGGCUUCCUAUAAAGAUGGAAAGAUUCAUCUUUGCAAGUCCUGGAGAGCCUGGAAUACCCCAGAAUUGAUCUUAGUCUCACCUGUGGCAGUUGUUGGUGGGCAAGAGGCCUCUCUUCUUUUGAAGGGGAAAAAUUUGACUAUUCCUGGCACUAAGAUAUAUUGUACGCAUACAACUGGGUACAAUAUGAAAGAAUUUCCGGCAGUGGCAUGUCAAAAAACUGUAUAUGACGAGAUAAUCUUGGAUAGCUUUAAAAUUCAUGGAGCAUCAUCUAGUGUGCUCGGCCGCUGUUUCAUUGAGGUUGAAAAUGGUUCGAGAGGUACGAGUUUUCCGAUAAUCAUAGCAGAUAAUACCAUCUGUCAAGAAUUGAGACUUCUUGAGUCUGUAAUCAAUGAAGGUGCUGAAUUGCAUGAUGUUAUUUCAUCUGAUUACAUUCAGAAUCCAGAUAGGCCCAGGACUAGGGAAGAAGUUCUCCAUUUUUUGGAUGAACUUGGCUGGCUUUUCCAGAGAAAAUACAACUCUUCCUUGUUUGAGAGCCCAGAUUAUAGGCUUAGUCGGUUCACAUUUCUUCUUACAUUUUCUGUUGAACACGACUUUUGUGCUUUGACCAAAACGCUCCUGGACAUUCUGCGAGAAAUAAACUUUGGUCGUGAAGAGCUAGCAAGGGAGUCUCUGGAGAUGCUAUCGAAAAUCCACCUGUUAAACAGGGCCAUCAAUAGGAGGUGUAGGAGAAUGGUUGAUUUGCUUAUUCAUUACUCCAUUAGUGACUCUACUGAUUCCUCCAUGAAGUAUAUUUUUCUACCUAAUUUGGCUGGACCUGGUGGUAUCACACCUUUGCAUUUGGCUGCUUCUACAUUGGGUUCAGAUGAUAUGGUUGAUGCUCUGACGAGCGACCCGCAGGAGAUUGGGUUGCAUUGCUGGAAAUCGGUUCUCGAUGCAAAUGGGAUGUCUCCCUAUGCAUAUGCCUUGAUGAGGAACAACCAUUCCUAUAACACGCUUGUCGCUCAGAAGCUUGCAGAUAAAAAGAAUGACCAAGUUUCUGUAUCAAUUGGAAAUGAGAUUGAGCAAUUCGUCAUGGAAGUUGAUCGUGGUCACAAGAAUACUUUCCAUAUCAACCAAGGACAAAAAUCUUGUUCCAGGUGUGCAGCUGCAGCAGGUAGAUACAGCGGAAAGUUUCCAGGUUCACAGGGAUUGCUUCAGCGUCCAUACAUUCAUUCGAUGCUCGCCAUUGCUGCUGUAUGCGUUUGUGUCUGUCUGUUCUUUAGAGGGGCGCCAGAUAUUGGUUCAGUUGCCCCAUUCAAGUGGGAGAACUUGGGUUAUGGUCCAUUGUAGUCUCUAUUUAACAGGAAAAGUGACCACGUUGUAAGGACGAUCAAACAAGAGAGGAGGAGAUAUAUUGGCAGCGGGUGUACCACUUCACACAGUUACUUCCUUCAAAAAUGAAGACUAAUCAGUGAUAGUGGUAUGAAUUAAUACCACAAUUCAGAAUUAUUACGAGCUAAGCCUUGACAAAUAGCUCGUGAUCUAUCUGGAUGCAAAGCUGCUGCUCAUACUCAAACCUUAUUAAGCGUAAUUUAUAGUAAGAGAUGGACUCAAGGACGUGGGGUUAUGCGAGUUAACGUUUGUUAUGACACGUUUCAGUGGCAGUACUUAAGAGGAAAUCGUUUUACACUUUCUUUUUUGAUUGAAGCACUUGACCUAUACCAUGGAUAUUGUACUCAAUGUGAGGUGGUUUUAUUACUGUAAAGAAUCAGUAGGUAAUUAGAAAUUGCCAUGUUUUAUAGCUGAAUAGAGAUCUGUUUUUCACAUCAUAUCUAUAGUAAAAGAUAUCUGGUUGUCUAUUCUAA